AUGAAACGGCCUCCGUCGCUUUUUUCGUAUAUCUACUGCGCGACAUCGUGUUUACUGACGAUGAUAACUGUGGCGACCGCCGCGACAGUUACUGUAAACGUUACGCAUCUGUGCGAUACCCGACCCGCAGUAGGUCCCACCACCGGAGCUCGGCCUACUACCGACAUUGGCAUGACGUCUUGGUCGUCAUCGUCAUCGCCACCACCUACUGAAAAUCCUACGUCUUUAUCAUUUACGCAGCCACCUACCGAAAACCCGGCGUCUUGGUCGUCGUCACCACCACCCACCGAAAAUCCGAUCUCUGUGUCGUCGGAACCAUCUUCCGGAAACCUAACCACUUGGUCAUCGUCAUUAACUCCGGAAAACCAGAUGUCAUCAUCAUCACCUAACGACAACCGGACUUCGUUGGCUGCCCAAAUUACCGAAUUCCUGUUCGCCGUCCGGAAACAAGGAAUGAUGGAUUUCACGUAUACCAGCCGGACCACCGUUAGGCGAUCCUCUUCCCCACUGGAGACGUCUGCUGAACCAGUGGCUCUUGGACAGAUUGCGACAUUCCCUAGUGCCAAGUUUGGCGAGAACGUCAAGUUAGAUCAACAAACGUCACAGUCCGAUGGCAGCGCAGGUUCCAAGACCGCGACCGCGAUCGGACUGUUCGGAGUCGGGAUAGUAGUCGGCGACGUCGGACUCCGAUUCAUUGGUGUUGCCGAGGACUUGAUUAUGUGGCACAGCAUGCCAGCUGAACUCAUUCUCGACCUCUUUAGCAACCCGUACGAAUGGGACGUUGUGGCAAAAAAAAUACUACCGUACGAGUGGCCACUGGCUGUGGUCUGCGCCUUAAUGAUAUUUUGCGGUUUGAUACUAGCAAGAUACGGCGUGUAUUGGCAGAGGCGGUACAAAGAGGCUAAGUGGUUAGGAGACACUGGCUGGGAGUCGGGUUGCAAAAAGGGUGUGUUGGUCGUUGCCAUUCAAAUGCUUCUACUUAUGUUAGGAGCCGGUGCUUGCGGAUUGUUAGUAACAAACGAGACCAUGGGAUCUGCUGUGUCGAGUGUUGGAGACCUAUUAGAGUUUGGCGUCGGCGACUUGGUAGACAUGUUUUCCAUCACUCAAAAACAAAUCAGGACCAUAACUGUCGGAUCAAUGGAUUCAACAACCGAUGCAAUUUUCUCAAAAUUAGACGAUAUAGCAGAACAAUUAGGAGGGCCGAUCGAAAAUGACAUAUAUGGCCCUAGUCAUAGAUUUGGUUCCAGGACUAAUGUUUCUAAAGUAGUUCAAGACUUUCAGAAGAUAUUUCCAAAGGCAAAAGACGUAAUUUCCCAAGCCGAAUUAGUAAGGGAAGACAUUAUUAGAUACAACAAUAAAAUAAUCGAAUUGAACAUUGAACUUCAAAUGAUACACGAACGAUGCCCUCUUGAAGUAUCUGCCAUGUGUGAUAUGAUCUCUGGUAACAAAUUGCAAGCAGAGAAUUAUACGUACUUGGAUGAUUUGAUAAAUGUAGUCACAAGCGUUUUGGAAGUAGAAAACGACGGACUAUCGAGUCUUCCGCUGACAUCGGCUGAAAGUGCAAACAUUCCAAAGGCUCUUUAUGAACAAACAGAAAAAGAGAGAUGGCGUAUAAAACAAGCUUUAAUGGAUCGAAGACGGCAAUUAGAAUUUUCAAUAUAUCCUUAUGAAAGUCAUACGCGUAAACUAAUUUCAAAAUUAAUGGACAUAAAAGAAUUAGCUAACAAUUACUUGAACCACCUGAAACAAAUAGAAGUGUAUAGGUGGUCCGUUAGUUUUGGAAUAGCAAUCGCUGCACUUUUAGUUUGGAUUUUAUUAGCAUGCAGUAUUGUGGUAAAUUAUUGUUCGUACACGAAUUGGGCAAAAUGCUACUUUUUUGGCUGCGUGAGUGCAAUGAGAUUGACCAGUUUGGUACUUUGGACAGCGGCAUUAGUAGGUUUGAUUUUAAGCAGCAACGGUGAAGUCAAUAUUUGUAGACCAUUAUACGACGAACCUAUGUACGAAACUGUAUCAAAAAUAAUGGAUUGUCCGUCUAUAACAAAUGAACGUGGAUUCUUUUCAUGGUUCAUCUUUGGAAAUGAAACAUCCACAGCCCCGUUCAACGAAGUCAUCGAAUCGUGCAGAGAAAAUCGUACAGCGCAUGCUACAUUUAAUUUAAAUAAAGUGUUUAACGUGGAAGCUAGUUCAGAUUACAACAAAUGGCCAGGUCUUAUGGAUGCUCUAGAUAGUCUCAAAACCAAAAGGGUCUACGUAGAAUUGGAUUUAAACAGACCACCGUCCACAACUGAUGCAUUGAAACCGAUUGCCGAGUCAACAAACUUGGACUUUGAAAAGUUUCGAAGUCUCAUUUUACAGUCUUCGAUGGCUCAUGGCCGAGUGACUUUGUUGCGCGAUCAACUCCGUGCACUUUCAACACAAACUGCCACAUUCUCCAAUAUUUUUAAAUUAACAUUGAAGCGUGUAGUAACAAAUAUUACGGAUUUAGUUGAAAAUAUGUUAAGCCCAAUGAGUCAGAAGAAAAAUAUGUUACUUUAUCACUUAACAUUAAUGGAAGUUGAAAUGCAACCACUAUCAGAAUCUUUAAACCGGACUUGGGCAAAUGCGUAUACGAGAAUCGAAAACUCCGACUUUGAUCAAAUAUUGCGAAAGAAUAUGGCUCAAUACACAAACAAUUUGAAACUGUUGUUGGACAAAUAUAAGAUUCACGUAACUGAAGCAGUAAAAACAGAAACGGCAUCGUGCAGACCCGUAUGGAAUGUGUAUCGAAUUGGAAGAGAUUUAGUUUGCAGGCAAUCUUUAGACGCCUUGAAUGGAUUUUGGGUUAUAUGUUUUUUCAUCGCAAUGUCGGUUACCGCCACAAUACCAGUUGUGAAAAAUUUGAAAAUAUUUCAUAAGUCUCCACUAACUUCUAUGUCCCUUUAUACCAUACCUCCGCCACCAGCAAUGGAACUUAUGUGCACGAGUAGUUAAUUUUAAAAAUGACAAACAUUCAUCAAGUAAAAAUAUUAAAUUAGAUAAUGCAAACAUUUAAUAAAUAAUGUAUUAGCUAAUAUCAAACCAAACUAUAUAGAAAACAUUUUAAAA